CAAGCAUCAAAUUACGCAUACACGCAUCUUCUGUAAGCAAAUCAUCGUGCUAUUUACUUGUUAGCAACACUUUCUAAUUUGGUCUCACCCGAAAGUGAGAACGCUUAAGUCUACAAACUACGUUCGGAUGCUGCUUUACGGCUUAAACUUAUAACAACCGCCAGACCUCCACCCGGUUCAACGAUGACGUCUCCAAUCGAUGGUUUGCUCUUGGCGGCAGAGAUAAUUGAAAGGGGAGCUGGCGAAAUUGGAGACAAUCGGGCACAUUUCGAGAGAAGUCGGUAUUCAAUCUCUUCAAUUGAUUCUGAAUAUGAUUAUGGGCUCCGUCCGACGAUGUAUAAAUCACUCACAGCAGGAUACAAGAGGACAGUGAAAAGUAGGGAAACACAUAAUCUUCUCGAAAAGAAUCGGCGUGCGCAACUAAAAUCGUGUUUUAGCUCGUUACAAGCCGCGUUACCCUCGAAGGUGGAUCAGAAGUUGUCGACAGUUGCCAUUCUCGAACAGGCUGCAGAACACAUAGUUCAAUUAAGAACAGUACAUUAUUCAGUACUGCAAGAUCUGGAGCUACAACGACAGCAUCGACAGCAGCUUGUAUCGGCACUAGAGGAGAAGGGUGUGUACGUCAGAUUGCCAGAAGACAGGCCUCUUGGUCCACGUCCGGGGGCAAAACGGUAUUACAGUCAUUCCGAUGCAGUGAGUCUUGAACAAAUGGAGGGCGUUGAUGGCGUCUCCGAUCGUCGACUACAUCGCUUCAGUAUAUGCGAGGAACCUGAAAUGGACGAAGAUUAUUGGGAUAACACCAAUUUCGAACAUCGCAAUAGUACAGAAGAAGAAUUUUGCAAUCAGACAUCCCCCAUCACCAUUCCAGCUGCGCAGCCACAGGAAAACACCCGCUAUGCCCUUAUCUCAUCAAGCGCGACCACGCCUAGCCUAACGAUGGAGAACACAUUUAGCUCUCGAAGUUGGAGCGGGUCAAAAUCACAAUCACCCCAAAUGGAAGAAGCUAUCAAAGAGGAGGUGUCGGUACGGAAGGACGAUCAAAACUACCAUAGAAAUGAUCAUGGCACUGUGAGCGUUAAAUCUGAAGGCGACUAUUUCAUCCCAACUGAUAUGGCGGAAGCCUAAAUUUGCACUUAUCACCUGAGGUGAAGCUGCUCUGUGCUGGUGGAAUUCAAAUAGUCAACAACCUCUCAGUAAAGGGGGAAUAUGAUUCCAGAACUUAGUGGUAAAAUAUAUAGGGGUAUGUAAAUUAUAAAGAGCAUAUUCGGAGGUCAAUACACAAAACUGUAUUGAAGUUAUCGUG